AUCUUAUACUACUAAAGAGAGAGAGAAGGAAAUCUAUCUAUCUUCUUAUCCGGAUGGUGGGAGGCCAAUAGGAAGCAUGCCAUCUGCCAUAAAACAAAUAAACUUGAGUUAAAGCAUAUCAUUGCAUAACACAAACUUGUGUUCUUCUCCUUUAACUAUGUCUUCAACAACACUAGGCACUUCUUCCAUUGCAUUUCUUCCUUCACGUUACCUUUCUUCUCCUUCUUCCAACCCUUCCAUUCACACACUCUCUUUAACCUCAGGGCAAAACUGUAGUAAGAAGCUUUAUGGAGGAAUUGGAAUUAGUAGCACAAAGGGAAAGUCUAGGUUACCUGUUGUUAAUGUUGCCACUGAAGUAAACUCUGUAGAACAGAGUUUGAAUACUAUUUCUAAAGAAAGCGCGAGGCCGGUGUACCCUUUUGCUGCUAUUGUUGGACAGGAUGAGAUGAAGCUUUGUCUUCUCCUUAACGUGAUUGAUCCAAAGAUUGGAGGUGUAAUGAUAAUGGGGGACAGAGGAACAGGGAAAUCCACAACGGUUAGGUCAUUGGUUGAUUUACUUCCUGAAAUCAAGGUUGUUUUUGGUGAUCCAUAUAACUCAGACCCAGAAGAUCCAGAAGUCAUGGGAGUCGAAGUGAGAGAUCGAGUUAUAAAAGGGGAGCAACUUUCCAUUGUGUUGAGCAAAAUCAACAUGGUUGAUUUGCCAUUAGGAGCUACAGAAGAUAGGGUGUGUGGAACAAUUGACAUUGAAAAAGCUCUCACUGAGGGUGUCAAGGCAUUUGAGCCAGGACUAUUAGCUAAAGCUAACAGAGGAAUCUUAUAUGUUGACGAAGUUAAUCUUUUGGAUGAUCACUUGGUUGAUGUGCUGUUGGAUUCUGCUGCAUCAGGUUGGAACACAGUGGAGAGAGAAGGUAUUUCUAUCUCGCAUCCUGCUCGGUUUAUCUUAAUUGGUUCGGGAAAUCCUGAAGAAGGGGAGCUCAGGCCACAACUAUUGGAUAGAUUUGGAAUGCAUGCUCAAGUCGGGACUGUUAGGGAUGCUGAGCUGAGAGUGAAGAUUGUAGAGGAGAGAGCUAGGUUUGACAAGAAUCCAAAGGAAUUUCGAGAGACUUACAAAGCCGAGCAAGAGAAGCUCACAGACCAAAUUACCUCGGCAAGGAAGAUACUUUCGUCUGUUCAAAUUGAUCAAGAUCUCAAGGUGAAAAUCUCUAGGGUGUGUGCAGAGUUGAAUGUGGAUGGAUUGAGAGGAGACAUAGUAUCAAACAGAGCUGCUAAAGCUUUGGCUGCUCUAAAGGGAAGAGACCAAGUGACUGUAGAGGAUAUUGCUACUGUCAUCCCUAACUGCUUGAGACACCGUCUUAGAAAGGAUCCUUUGGAGUCAAUAGAUUCAGGUUUACUUGUCACAGAGAAAUUUUAUGAAGUAUUCAGCUGAAUAUGAUAGAUAUAGCAUGCUGUGGUAUUUGUUGAGCAUCUACUUAAUUGUUUAGAACUUAACCUUUCCUAUGGCGGAUUUGAUUGUCUUUAAACAUGAGUAAGAUUCAUGAGUUCCUUGUAUACUGGAUAUUCCAAGCCUUUGCUUGAAACAGUCUUUGUCUUAUCUUAUACUUAUUUAUUUAUAGCUUGUUAAGAGAUA